UUGUUUAAAUGCUUUAUUUCUGUAUUGGUGUCAUAUUUCUUUGUUUACAUUAUCAUUGAAAUUUCGACAAUUCAAUGAAACCGAACACAGACGUUUACAAAACAUUACAACUUCUGCAUUUCCAAACAUUUUCUGCGUAAAAAGAGGGAUCUUAGUGUGUUGUGGUCAUUCCAAAGACAUAAAAUACUUCUUCUAAGUAUCCUUGAAAAGAAGAAUUAUGGACGAAUUUAAAAUUCCGCUGUUGCCCACCACAGCAACGAGCAAAACAAACAAAGAUUCUGAUCCCAUAACAAAUGAACCUAAAGAAGAAGACAAACAACAAUCAAAAAAGGAUACAACUUCAACAACUGACAACGACUGCACAGCAAAGCCAGCCUGUCCUUAUAAAGUACCGCCAUGGUCACAGCCACCUCCAACAUCCAUCAACUACAAAUUUGAGAUAUUAAAAUCAGGCCAAAUCAUAGAUGAAAUAAAGAAUUUACAAGCAAAAGCUUUUUGGAAGUUCGGCCGGCUACCUCCUCCUGCAAAUGAUCUCGAACUAGCACACCCAACAAUUUCUCGCUUUCAUGCAAUUUUGCAAUAUAGGCCAAAAAAUAGUACACAAUCCGGUGGUGAAAAUGUUUCUAAUAAGCUUAAAGAUGAACCGCCAGAGGGUUGGUAUAUAUACGACUUAAAUAGCACCCAUGGAACAUUUUUGAACAAACAACGUAUACCACCUCACGUCUUCAUACGAAUACGUGUUGGUCAUAUGUUGCGUUUGGGCGCUAGCACCCGUUCCUAUAUUCUUCAAGGUCCAGAGGAAGAUGCGGAGCCUGAGUCAGAUUUAACAGUGACUGAGUUGCGUGAACAACAUAAGGAAAAACUAAUUGCAGCUGAAGCUGAAGCAAUUCGCAAAGCGGCAGAAGCCGAAGAACGCGAGCGCAAUGAGGGGAUUAACUGGGGUAUGGGAGAGGAUGCAGAUGAGGAAACUGAUUUAACCCACAAUCCAUUUGCGAGCACAAACAAUGAAGAACUAUUUCUCGAUGAUCCUAAAAAAACAUUACGAGGUUAUUUUGAACGUGAAGGUAUGGAAUUAGAGUACAAGUGCGACGAAAUGUCUGCUGGAUCGUUUGUGUGCCGAGUAGAAUUGCCAUUAAGCGAUGCAUUUGGCCGACCUAUAGUAGCUGAAGUUGUGCACAAAGGGCGAAAAAAAGAAUGUGUUGUGCAAUGCGCACUGGAAGCGUGUCGAAUCCUCGAUCGGCACGGCGUUUUACGCCAAGCAAAUCAAGAGCCUUUGAGACGGAAAGUAAAAUCUCAAUCCGAUUCUGAAGAAGACGACUUUCUUGACCGAACGGGCGACGUUGAACGAAAAAAACAACGAAAGUCAAAUCCUUCAACCAAUUGUGCUCUAACAUACGAAGAUUUGCUAAAAAAAGAUUCUGAAAUCGUUGGACAACUGAAAGAAAUAGAAGACGAUAUAUUACGAUAUCAAGACACACAACGCCGUCUUAAGGCUUUUGAAUCGAAUAAUAGUGACGAUUUAGACCACUUUAUGGAAAACCUAGCAGAUGCUACUCAACUGGAUAAGACGGAAAUCCGCAAAUUAAGGUUGGAACAACAACGACUAAAUGCGGAAAAACAAAAGGUUCAACGAUUGAUAAAGAUCGCUAAACCGAUCGAUUUCAAAUUUGAGUCAAUUGCAUCAGCAAAGAUAAGCCCCAAUACGAAGAGACAGCUGCCAAUAAUUGGAAAGCGUAAUCAGUUUAGCAAAUUUAAAAUAGCAAAGAUUGUUAAAACCGAUAAAAUUGCGGAAAUCGAAAAACACACAAAUUUAGCCUCCGAUGAAGAAGAAUUAGAAGAAGAGGACGAAAUCACCUUACAUCAUGCAAAAGUUACUAAAAGUAAUGUUGCGCAAGAGUCUCCUAUUUCUGUAGCGGAAGAUCAAAUUAAGUCAGAAACUACGAAUGAAGAACCAUUAGAAGCAACUUCUAAUUCACCGAACAGUACAAAAAAGAUAUAUGGCCCAGCUGUAGUGCCGCAAGAAAUCUUAGAGAGCAAUGUGCAAGAUAUGUUAGAAGAACCCCAAGAUACAAAGCUGCCAACAGAAUGCACGUCUAUCAAUGGAGAUACUGAAAUGGAGUCUGCAAGAAAAAAACGUAGACAGCGUCAACGACAACGCCAAAAACGACAAGAUGCGGAUAUGAACGAACUCGAGGAACACGAGUCCAGUGAGAAGUAUGCCAAGUGGGUACCACCAUCUAACCAAAGUGGUGAUGGUUACACAGAAUUGAAUGCGAAAUAUGGAUACUAAAUUAUGUUUGUCUUUUGCAUUUAUGUAUACAUACCAUAUGUAUAUUAGUUUCUGUUAUUCCAUUAACUUUACAAAAAAGACACCAUAUAAAAAUC